GAACAGAAUACAUCAUCACGAGAAAGAAGAAGGGAUAGAACAGAUAGAGAAAGAAGUCAAAGAGGAAGUCCUCAAAGAGGUUGUGAUAAUAAGAUAUUUUAGUAUUUUAAAUUUUUAAAAUCUUUUAUUCAUACAUGUUGCCACUAAACACAUUAUUAAUCAUGAAACAAAGCAAAUUACUUUUUAUUUGUUAACUUUGUCACUAGUAUGGAUACCAAACACAGUAAAGUUACAUUUUUAAGUUAAUAGGUAAUGCAAUUUACCAGUAUAGAAGUUUGUGCACUGUUUAUGUUCGAUCUAGCUGUUGUCAUGUUCUGACAUGCCUGAACCAUUAUGCUUUUCAGUUUAAUAUGAACACAAACUAUCCUGUUUAUUUUUGAGAUUUAGUUGAAUUAUUAUCUUUAAAUAAUGCAAAUAAUGGAGAAAAUAAUGUUUUUUUUGAAUCACUAAUACUUUAUCUCUUGCUGUGAAGAUGACAGAUCACAUCAUCAGAGAAGUGAGCAAAACAGUCAGUCUGAAACGUAAGUAUUAUCCAUUAUUAAUUUGCAGUUUUCAUUUCCUGUUUCCAUUUUUCUUAUUCCUCUACAUUAAUUUUGUGAGUAGGGAUCAGCUAAUUCAGGAGGGAACUGGAUAAUGUGAAGACUGGUGGACAGGAGUAAGCACUGCAAACCAUAAUUUUCCAAAAGAAGAUCAGAAGACAAAAAUUAGAACUCAACUGAAAAUGCUUUUAAUAAACACUGCAUCCUGUAGACUCGAAGAAUUCUAAGUACUGCAAAGUAAGAUUGAGUAAUACUAAGGAAAAAUAUAGAGCACAAAAUGCAUGUAUUACUGUUUAAUUCUCUAGCACCGUAAACUCCAAUGUUUGCUCAAACAGUCAAACCAUUCUUCAUAGUUAUUUUUUUAUUUUAUUUCAGGGCUGAACAGAACAUAGAUGGUCCAAACUACAAUCUGUCUGGAAAAUUAACAGAAUAUACAAACACUUACAAGGUAUACCAAAAGUUCACAGUUCUGAUGUUUUAGUCGGGACCUACAUGCAUGUAUUUCUGCCAAUAACAGUGCAACAAAUGUUAGCUAUGCACACAGGACAACCAUGAAGCACCCACAGGAAGACCAUCAAAAUUAUCCAUAAAUGUAGGCCAUGUCAUGUGAUGUACUUUAUUUUUGUCUUGUUUGUAGGGAGUUGUUAUCAAAUACAAUGAGCCCCCAGAGGCACGGAAGCCUAAAACAAGAUGGCGACUAUAUCCAUUUAAAGGGGAGGAAGCAAUGUGUGAGUAGCCCAACCAGCCUCUGUGAACUAAAAGGGCCAUCCUAAGGGAAGAGAGAAGCAACCACUUACGUCAGUCCUUUAUAGUCCAUUGGCAAUGUGCGUUGGACAAUUUGGUCUAAUAAAACUUUGGUAUUUGGCCACUAUUGUUGGUUUUCAUCAAUAGAAUACAUAAAAAAGUAUUUAAUGAUGAAGAAAUUUAUACAACUGCAGCAAGUGAUGGUUCUCAAGAGUCAAUAAUUAGUUAUUCUUACUUUCCUUAAUUUCCUAACCCUAAUAUUAUUCAUGAUUGUAAGUAAUUAUUAGGGCAAGGAGAAACAGGAUAUUGAGAAUCAACCAACAGACAGGAGGUUGAAACUAUUUCAUCCUGAAUUUCAUUUUGUUGUACAACUUUUCCUUCUUGCAGCUGUUAUGUACAUCCAUCGCCAAAGUGCUUACCUGCUGGGGAGACAAAGACAUGUAUGUACAAACAUGACAUGUACAUUAAAAAGAAAACCAACUUACAAGAACAAAAUGUAAUAUUACCCAUUUGAAAAGUGAAGGUUGUUUGUGUUGCUGAGUUUUUCUCUCUCCUUUGGUCAAUUUUGUUUUCAGCCUAGGUCAAUUUGUUUCAACCUUAAUUUUGUUAAGGUUGCACUAUCAAUCUAAGGUUAUCCUAAGCUUAAACUUAACUAACUGAGGUUAGAAUAUGAUCAAAGUAAGCCAAGCUAUAGCUGAGUUUGCCAUUAUUUGGCAGCCUAACAGGCAUGAUCUACGCAGCUCUGUACUUUAUAUCUGAGGUUAUAAACCAAAUGUAAAAUUUUUCCUCAAAGUGCCCUUCAUAAAAGGAUCAGUUGAAAGGCUGGUGGAACAGUAUUAACUGAUGUAGUUCCUCCCUGCAUUAUAUUAUUUGCAGAUAGUGGAUAUUGCAAUUGACCAUCCAUCAUGCUCAAAACAACAUGCAGUUUUACAGUACAGACUAGUUGAUCAUACAAAGACAGAUGGAACUGUUGGAAGAAAAGUGAAGUAAGUAGUUAUUCAUAACAUACUCAGUAUAGAUAAAAAUAUGCUGUAAGAGUAUAGGACAUUCAUUAUCUGUUGGUCUUAUGCUGUGCCUCUUUUCAUGAUAGAGUGAUUUCCCUACCCUGCGAGCAGAGGCUACAUUUUUGAGGUAUGAGCUGGUGUGCGAUUUCGCACGCCAGCUCAUACCGCGAAAAUGUAGCCUCUACUUGCAAGGUAUGAUUUCCCAGACCUUAAAAUGAUAACACAGGAACAAAACUAAAACAGCAACUUAACAAACAAACAAGAUUGAAAAAUUUAAUUAUCAGAAAGACAUAAAAGCAUGCAGCUUUUGGUAUGGUUAUGGUAAGCACACAAGGCAUUUCAAGCUGAAAAAAUUUACUGUGAAGUAAUUUCCAGUAAGUUUGGAAAAUAUAAACUGGGCCAGUGUCAACUGGACAAUAAUCUUUUAUGACACUUUUUCCUUCCAAAACAACAAAACUGUGUUUUGACCUUUUAAACUUAUUUAAACUUAUUUUUAAAUACCUUUUUAUUAUUUAAUAACUUAUUCCAACUAUAUUAUAAAAUAAAAUAACAAACACAUCAAGAAACCAUUUUUAAAGGUCAAAUGGAAACCACUCUUGCAACACAUAUUUACAGAAUAAAAAUAUUAUACACAGCCAGAAUUGAUUUUUUUCUGUUAUUGAGCAUGAUCCGGUUUAUUUAUUCUUUUGGUUGCAGUUAGUUUUAAACAUGGAAGACAACUUAAUUUUGUGUUAAAAGAUGAGAGGCUAUAUGAAUUAUGCAGUAUCUAACUUUUGACUAUAUGAUAUUAACUCCAGGCCCUAUAUUAUUGACUUGGAGUCUAUAAAUGGAACUUAUCUAAACAACCAAAGAGUAGAACCCAGACGAUUCUAUGAAUUGAAAGAAAAGGUCAGUAUGUUUCUAACUUUCAUACUUGAAAGUCAGCAGUAAACACUAAACAUUCUCAUGAUUCUUGUGAUUUUGAUUCUGUUGAGCUUUUGAAUUUCUCUAGGUGUACAUGCUCCCACAACUCUGGGGGUGGGGGGGUGGAUGAUGACAACUCCAACUUCAUCAUCAGUGAAAAUAAUAUUAACCUUCAGAUUGCAGGGAUGUAGCCAAGGAAAAACUGAGUAGGCUUAUUUGUCAGUCAAGCUGGAGCUGGUGAAAUAAGCUGGCUGUGGCCUUUAGGGACAUUCCUGAGAUUGAAGAAAAUAAGUUUUAAUUGUCACCAAAUGAAUUUUAUUGCAGCUAAAAUUCUUUGGUAGAAGUUUAUUUCUGCUUUAUUAUUUUGUCAGGAUGUUCUAAAAUUUGGUUUUUCAACGAGGGAAUAUGUAAUUCUAACAGAGAAGUCACAAGACAGUGAUGAUGAUGAACCUGAACCUGGCAAUGAGGAAGGCUAA